AUGCCGCAGUACACGUCGCGCGAUGUCGGCGACCCGUCGCAGAUCAAGAAGAACAAGCAGUCAAUGGCCGACCUCAAGCUGCGGCGGUUGACUGAGCUCAACAACCGUCUUCGCGAGGACCUCGAACGCGAGCGCAUUCCCGUCAGCACUGCUCUCCAACUCUGCAGCAUCAUUGCCUACUGCAACGGCACGAGGGACUACAUGGUCCCGUCCGUCUGGGGCGCUGUACCCAAGGGCGAGGAUCCCUAUGCCCCUCAACAAUCGGGCGGUUGCUGUGUUGUCAUGUAA